UUUUACAGUAUAUAUACAACAUCAUGCAAAACUACAACUUCCAGCAUGCCCGGACAGUUUUGCAACAGCUGGAGGCACCCUGGUUGGGAAUCACUAGUCUAGAGUGAAAGCCGCUCUUUGCAGUAGGGGGGCAGGUGUAGUCCUGAAUGGGCAACCCUUCCGAUAACAAAUGGUCAAUAACAGUCAUUUUCAUUGGACAAGAUCGUUAUCCAGUCUACAUAAUACUUUCCGAUCCGGUCGAGGUCAUUUCUGUAAUUGAUUGAUCAGGCCUGGACUCCUUACUAUAGGGAAUAGUCAAAGCGGUAGAUAGAAGAAACACCUGCGAAACGCCAGAACAAUCCACAGUGCCCUGCACUAAGACACAACCAGCCGCACCAGAGAGUAAGCACGCGCCUCCUCCUCCCCUGACCCGACUAUCCUGCAGAGAGAUACUAGAUACUCCAGUAUGGAUUGUAGCUGUGUGUCUGACAUUCUGCUGACUCCUUCUAUGCCGGCUCUCUGGACUCCAGGGUUCGCCUUUCCUGACUGGGCCUAUAAGCCGGAGUCCAGCCCGGGCUCCAGACAGAUCCAGCUCUGGCACUUCAUUCUAGAGCUUCUCCAGAAAGAGGAAUAUCAUGAUGUCAUCGCCUGGCAAGGAGACUACGGCGAAUUCGUCAUCAAGGACCCCGAUGAGGUGGCGCGGUUAUGGGGGAUCCGCAAAUGCAAACCUCACAUGAACUAUGACAAACUGAGUCGGGCACUGAGAUAUUACUAUAAUAAAAGAAUUCUACACAAGACUAAGGGCAAGCGCUUCACCUACAAGUUUAACUUCAGUAAAGUUGUGCUUGUCAACUACCCUCUACUAGACAUGGCCAACUCAUCGCUUCUUCUUGGGCAGAACCCCUUCCCUGGGGCACAUUCACACGACCCCUUCACUCCUGAGGCUUUGCAGUCUCUCUUUUCUCCUACUGGCCGGCCUCCAUUACUAGAUCGGCCUCUUUCUACUCCAGAGACAGAAAAGCUUCGUCUUGAAGCCGCUUUUCCUUUCUUGAGCUCAGGUUCUGGUUACACCAAGCCUCCAGCUAUGUUGCCCCCAUACAACCGAAACACCCCAUUUCCCGAUUACCCCUGGGGGUUUAACCCAUACCUUUCCAGCACUUUUCCUCUAACCGGCUCCAAGUUGCCCACCUCCCUGUACCCGCCCCAGUUCUAUCCCGGUUCACUCUCCCAGCUGCCCCCUCCCGUCUCCCUGCUUCCAGGCGAGUCCAUGGACAGGUCCUCUAACCUCUUACAGAGUAUACCGCAAAGGCUGUGUGCCAGCCUGAACGCCCAUCCGUUGCCCCUGAGAGGAAGCGGCGACCUAGGCAGCACGGGGGCGGCGAGAAGAGACCGAGUAGAGCAGCCCGAAGGGAAACCGGAGCCCGAAUCCGACUCGGACCUGGAAAUUACGGAUGUGAGCGACUGCAGUUCGGAGGCCGAGGGGUGCGGGUAUAGCCCACCUUGCCCGGGAUCUUCGUCGGGAAGAGACAAAACAGAAGACGAACGACCUAAAGGGGCAGCCACCAAAAUUUCCCAAGAAAAAACAGCUGCUCCGCUCAGCUAGACUUGAUAGUUAUACAGAAACUAUAUCUAAAUGUACAAUAUAUAUAUAUAUAUAGAUAUAUAUAACUAUAUGGAUAUAUAGCGGGCAAAAUAUGUGGUGUGCCAACCCCUUCAUCCCGAAAGCAACAUGUAAGGAGGACGUGCAUAAAAAUUAACCCUUCGAUGAUGAUACGGUGGUAGCAAGGGUUGUCAGGACCUGCUGGGAGGGGUAGUUCUACAACACCGGACUACACUGGACUUCUUAUACCGGUAGCCAGACUGUUGCAACGCUGCCGCACCAGCAUUAAAUGCACUUUCAGUGCCGGUGGAAUCUUAGGAAUAUGUUUUUAUUUUUUGUUGUUUUUGCUGCUGUGUUGACCUGUGCAUUGUCAUUGGAAAAAAAAAAAAAUACAUCGUCAAUGUAACAGCCCAUGUCACAUAAGGUAUAUGUGUUCACCUAUAUACAGACACCAUGUCAUUGUUACAGAUACAGUGGCUCCCAACCAGGGUUAA